CCCUCUCACCGAACCCCUUCUCCUCCUCCUCUGAUUCUCUCUCUGUCUCUCUCUCUCUGUUUCUCAUACUGAAUAAGCUUGCUUGCGAAGAGGAGUAGAAUCGCGAGUAUUCUUUGGUGGCGUUCUUGUAUCACAGAAGAGUGAGAAAUUUGAGUGUUUGAAGGAUCAAAAUGUCAGAAUCAUUAGAGAAGGCAUCCGCCAUGGAUGUGUCCUCUACUGAGAAUUGGGUGCCAAAGCUUGAUAUGGUGUUUGAGACUGAUGAGAAGGCCUAUCAGUUUUAUUGUUUCUACGGGAAGGAAAUUGGGUUUGGAGUUCGUAAGCAUUUGGUAAAACGACGGUCUUCGGGCCUCGUUUACUCUCGAGUGUUCUCUUGUUACAAAGAGGGGUACUGCAGGACCACCAAGGAAGGGAAAAAGCCUCGAUCUGAUGUUAGGACCGGUUGUAAGGCGAGAAUGACUGUCCGGAUCACUAAAGAUGGUGACUUUCGUGUUAGUGAAUUUGAGCCGAACCAUAACCAUGAGCUCAUGGCCAAGGUUGAUGGUGCAAUGAGUGAUUCACCGGAGGAUAUCACAGUGGUUGUAAAACCUGGAAAGAAGCGCACUGCAGGUCAAGUUUUUGGUAGGUCAUCUAUUGCAAACAACAUAAGGGUGAAGAAGUUAUUGCAGUAUGAUAAUGUGCAACUGGAGCUAGAUCAGAAAAACAGCACAGAAUCUGGGGAGAAUUGUUGGCAGAUGAUGAAUGUUGCAAGUCUUGUGCCGAAUAUCGGUAUGGAGUUUGAGGAUGAUGAUGAAGCCUAUCAGUUUUACAUUAACUAUGCUGCAGGAGUUGGAUUUAGUGUCCGAAAGCAUCUGAUAAAACGGAGAGUAUCUGGUAUGGUGUAUUCAAGGGUGUAUGUCUGUCAUAAAGAGGGUUUUACCAGAAACAGAUGUGGACAAGCUAGACGCCCUAAGCCUUAUGAUAGAACGGGCUGCCCUGCGUCUAUGAUCAUCAAGAUCACAAAGAAUGGCAGAUAUCGAGUGGCAGAAUUUGAGCAAAAACAUAACCAUCCUCUUGUUAUACCUACAAAAGCUCACUUGUUCAAGUGGCAGUGGCGAAGAGGAUUGAUAAACACACAAGAUGGUAUGGCAGAUUCUGCUGAUGAUUCAGUUAUGACACAAGAACAUGGCAAAGGGUCUUCAGAUGGACCAGCUACAAGUUGGCAGGCCGAACUUCCUUCUGGCAGUCACAAGAAAAAGAAACCAUUGGAUCAAAAGAAUUUUAUGAAGGUGGGUGAUAUAGGAGCCGCGAUGCAAUACUUUCAAGAAAAGCAGUCUGAUGACCCAUCAUUCUAUUAUGCUAUACGGGUGGACCAAGAUGAACAGAUAUCAAGCAUUUUUUGGUCAGAUGCAAAGUCGAUGGUGGAUUUCUGCUACUUUGGGGAUGUGGUAUGUUUUGAUACUACGUUCAAGGUGAGGGAUUGCAGUAGGCCAUUUGCCCUUUUUGUGGGUGUUAAUCAUCACAAACAGGCUAUUGCUUUUGGAACCACAUUGAUCUAUGAUGAAAGUGUGGAGUCUUUUAAGUGGCUGUUUGAGACAUUCACAAUGGCAAUGUGUGGAAAGCAGCCGAAGGUAAUACUGACAGAUCUCUCUGCAGAAAUGAAAGAUGCUGUAGCUGCGGUUUGGCCAGGUACUACCCAUCGCUUUUGUGCCUGGCACAUGUACCAGAAUGCGUCUAAGCACUUGAAUUCUGUCUUUCAGGGAUCGCCAAGUUUUGCAAAAGAUUUUGGCCAUUGUGUUUAUGAUUGUGAAGAGGAAGAUGAUUUUUCAUCAGAAUGGAAAAACAUGUUGGAAAAAUAUGAUCUUGUGGGCAAUGAAUUGCUUGCUAGGUUAUAUGAGGAUAGGCAUCAGUGGGCUUUGGCAUAUGGGCGAGAAACGUUUUGUGCUGAUAUGACAAGCACAUUAACUAACGAGAGCAUUAGUGGUGCCCUAAAUGUUAGUCAGGGUUCAGAUCUGCUGGACUUCUUAAAGCAUUAUGAAGGUGUUUUAGGUGAAAGAAGGCUCUUGGAGGUAAAAUCUGACAUUCAAGCCAAUCAAAGUGUGUCAAAAUUGCCUUCUUCUCGCAUGCUGAAACAAACUAUUCAUGCAUACACGCCUGCAGUGUAUAAAAUAUUUCAGAGGGAGUUUGAACUAUCGAUGGAUUGUAUGGUUUACAGUAGUGGUCAAGAUGAGAGUUCAUUUGAGUUUAAAGUGACUGAUGAAGAGAAGACUAAAGAAUACAAGGUGAGAUUUGACUCAUCAGAUGGCACUGUCUUCUGCAGCUGCAAAAAGUUUGAGUUUGUUGGGUUACACUGUCGUCAUGUGCUGAAAGCCCUAGAUAUGAUUAAUGUUAAAGAGCUCCAAUCACGCUACAUACUGAAGAGGUGGUCAAAAAAUGCUAAGGUAGGAAGCCUACAGAAUAAUCAUGUAUUCCCAAUGGAGGGUUACACCGAGUCAUGUUUGGCAAAGCAGUACAGGCAUUUGUGUCACAUGCUUGAUAAAAUUGCAGUUAAGGCUGCAGAAAGUGUGGAGUCAUAUACAUUGAUCGAGAGCCUGUCAGACCAGCUUCUUGCCCAAGUUUGCCAGAUUUUGAAAGCAAGGCCUCCUGAUAAGCCUGAAACACUACAGGAUUGAUCAAGCUCAAUUAACAUUGAAGUGGCAGGAUCUUUCCUUUCCAUGAACGAGCUGGAAUGGAUUAGCUAGCAAAAUGCAUGCUUUCCAAUAGUACAUUACCUACAAAUUCGAAAUGGAAAACCAGAAGUGUGAGCCAGCUUACUUAAAGAUUAGAGAUCAGCCAGAUGCUAUCGAUUGCCCUCGAGCUAUUGAGCAAGCAACAAAGAACAACAAUCACACAUCCAUGAUGAUAAAAUCUAACCAAAAGAUUGUAAGAUGAAGAACAAACCAGUUACAAUUGCCGUGAGAUGGCUGGCGUCAAUUCCUUCAGUGACCUCUUCAGCUGUAGAAUUCUGCCCAAAACCCGAAGGUCCUGUUCUCGAGAACCAAUUCCAGAGACCCAUUCAGGAGCUUGCAAUGAAGAUGUGCUUUUGUAAUCUUCUGGGAGAAUGGAAGUCUCUGAGAUGGGGACGUGCUGGGCCUUCAUGGCCUCUCUUUCUCGUUGGCUUUCAUCUUUUCUUUUCAUUCAGUGGAGCAGUUGGGUGCCGCACUGCUGGUAUAGAAACAAAACUUUAUAAUCAAAGUGGCUAUGCAAUUAUUUGCAGUACAAUUUGAGCACCUCUCUAGCUUAUUUAAGAGAUUGAUGGUACAGUUACCUGGAGAAAAGAUAUCAAUAAAGCAAGGAAUGAUAUUUAUGAUUGCAAA